CUAAGGACUACCCGGGCAUGAUCGGGAGAUGGGCAACGGUGCUGCAUAGCAUGGACUUUGACAUUCAUCAUCGAAAGCACGAGAGGCACGGGAAUGCUGACGGAUUGACACGACUGCACCGACCCGAGAAGGUCCCCAAAAGCGAGGAGGUGAUUCCGUGGAACGAGCCGAAGGAUGAGAAUGGACCGCGGUACGGGCAAGUGGAAAUCCUGUCGAAGGAUGACGAGAGUCCGGCUCCGCACGUCCUUACACGGACAUUGGCUCCGUAUCUACAGUGGACUGCGUGCUUGGAGGAACCGGGGAGUGAAAGCGCCCUGCCGUCGCGGCAGGAGUACUUGGAGCCGUCCGGAAUCAUCAAUCUUGCCUUCUAUCCGAAGCAAGAUACGUCCGAGGAGGCGGUCGAAGGAGAAGAAGAAGCCACCGAAGAAGAGGGCGACGCCGAAGAAGAGGGCGACGCCGAAGAAGAGACAUCGGAGGAAGGGAGUUACAGUGAGCACAGCGAGGGAGAGCAAAGUGAAGAAGAAGAAGACGAAGAAGAAGAAGAAGAAGACGAAGAGGAGGAAGCCGGAUCGGAGUGGGAGACCUUGCCGGAAGAAGCGGCGCGCACAGGCACGGAAGCGGAAGAUCCCGAGGCGGCACGUAAGGGGGAAAAGAUCGCCGCUGGGAAAAGCCAGCUGGAGUUCGCCAGCGAGGCGAACCUGCGCAUCAACGACGACCCGACCCGGGAUCUAGAUCCCCCCAAGCCCGAAGAUGGCGACCCAGCAACCGCGGCUCCGAGCGCAUCGCGACGGAGACGGAGCCGAUCCCCCUCCCUCUGCACCUCAACCCGUCCCCCAGUUCGUCCACGUACCGAUACGGGGGAUCGGCCUUCGUCCCCGGUCAUUAUCCCGCCGUCCCCUUGAUUACCUCACCCUCUGUCAAAUCUAUACCCCCGUCACCUUCACUCGCAACCCCUUCCCUCCCGAUACCUUCCAUCACUUCUACUCCACACGCCUCGCCGUCACCGUCCAUCCCCAUCC